AGGGGAUCCUUAUGCACAACCCCAUGAAAUGAACAAAGCUCCACAGCCCACAGGAGGAGCCCCGACAGCCCCGCACCCUGCCCCUUCUCCCGGACUGCCGCAGCCGACAUUCCCACCCGGUCAGACGGCACCUGUGGUUUUUAACCCGGCACCGACCUCACAAAUGAAUACGCCUUCUCAGCCGCGCCAGCAUUUCUACCAGAACAGGGCGCAGCCUCCCGCCAGCGCGUCCCGCGUGCAGAGUAACACAACGGCCCGGCCCGGCCCCCCUGCCCAUGUGUAUCCGGCUGCUUCCCAGGUGAUGAUGAUACCCUCCCAGAUAUCCUACACACCUUCCCAAGGAGCCUAUUACAUUCCCGGACAGGGUCGCUCCACGUAUGUCGUCCCAACCCAACAGUAUCCGGUCCAGCCCGGUGCCCCUAGUUUUUACCCUGGAGCCAGCCCCACAGAGUUUGGGACUUACGCGGGUGCUUAUUACCCAGCGCAGGGGGUGCAGCAGUUCCCGGCGGGGGUCCCCACUGCCCAGGUCAUUGUGAGCCAGCAGCCGCCGAUCCCCCCAAAACGAGAGCGCAAGACGAUCCGGAUACGAGACCCCAACCAAGGUGGCAAAGACAUCACUGAAGAAAUCAUGUCCGGAGCAAGGACCUCAUCCACUCCCACCCCUCCGCAGGCUGGAAGCGGUUUGGAGCCCCAGGCCAACGGAGAGACCCCCCAUGUAGCAGUUAUUGUCCGGCCAGAUGACCGCCCGAAGCCAGCACUGGUGGUGAGCAAGCCCGUCUCCCUGGAGCCUAACAAGUCGGCAUCUCCGUCGCCUCCCCCUCCCCUCAUCCCCGAGGUGGAGCCCGUGGUGCUCUCGGCCGUGGCACUGGUGCCAAUGGAGCCCCCUGUGGACGUAGACACUAAACCGGAGCUGGGCGAGGCGCCGCCCGACCCGCACAAGACGUUUAGCGCCAUCACUACAGUGCCAGGGGCUGUGGAGCCGCCCCUCGUGCCCACGCCCGACAUGGACACGGUGGUCGCGGAGGAGGAGGAGGAGGUGGUCGCCAUUCCCCUCCCGGAGCCUGCCCCGCAGGCGCCUGCACCCCCCGAGCCCGCUGCCGAGCCUGCCGCCGAGGCCAACGGGGUUGUAGAGGAGGUGCCCAAGCCGGUCCCCGAGGCGCCCAUGUGCCAGCCGGUGCCGUUGCCCACGCCGGUGCCAGUGCCCACCCAGGACUCCCCCAUUGCCCAGCCCGAAGAGCUGCCCCUGCCCAACGGGGUGGAGGGCACCAGCAAAGCAGAGCCGAGCGAGGAGCAGCCCGAGUCUGACGUCAGCCCCAUCUCAGAGCCCGAGGAGCCGGCCCAGCCCGGCACCCCUGCUUCCCCCCCAGCAGAGGAGGAGGAGGAGGAGAGCGAAGGCCCCGGUGAGGCCCAGGAGAGGAGCUCGAGCCCGGCCCCUGCCCCUUCACAGACCUCGGAGGCGACCGCGCAAGUCGCCAUGUCGGUGCCAAAGAAGAAGCGAAGGAUGAAGGAGCUGAACAAGAAGGAGGCAGUAGGCGAUUUGCUGGAUGCCUUUAAAGAGUCUCAGAUCAGCGACAGUGCCUCAGAGGCGGAGAACAAGCCCCCUGCGUCCGCCCCUGCCCGUGAAGCAGAGGACGUGGCCCCUGCCCGUCCACAGGAAGAGUCAGAGGAGACGUGGGAGGAAAAGGAGGACAAGCUGGCCCCGGAGAAGGGCAAGGCUGCCGACCAGAAGUACCGCUACAAGGAAGAGCAAUGGAAGCCACUGAACCCCGAGGAGAAGAAACGAUAUGACCGGGAGUUCUUGCUGGGCUUCCAGUUCAUCUUCGCCAGCAUGCAGAAACCUGAGGGGCUGCCCCAGAUCACGGAUGUGGUGCUGGACAAGCCCUGUGUACCUUCGCAGGCCAACAAGACCCCACUGCGGGCACUCGACCCCAUCCGCCUCAGUGGCAUGAACUGCAGCCCUGACUUCACCCCCUCCUUUGCCAACCUCGGCCGGCCCGUCAUGGGCAACCGGGGCCUGCCCUCAGGGUUGGGUCCCCGCCGCUCCCAGCAGAGCCAGAGGAAGGAACCCCGCAAAAUCAUUGCCACUGUGUCCCUCAACGAGGAUGUCAAGCUGAACAAGGCUGAGAAGGCCUGGAAACCCAGCAGCAAGCGUGCCUCCGAGGAGGAGGAUCCUGAGAACAUCAAGACGCAGGAACUGCUCCGCCGCGUCCGCAGCAUCCUCAACAAGCUGACGCCCCAGAUGUUCCAGCAGCUGAUGAAGCAGGUGAUGGAAUUGUCCAUCGACACGGAGGAGCGGCUCAAGGGUGUCAUCGACCUCGUCUUCGAGAAGGCCAUCUCGGAGCCAAACUUCUCUGUUGCCUAUGCUAACAUGUGCCGUUGCCUUAUGGGGCUCAAAGUGCCCACAACAGACAAGCCCACGGUGACUGUGAACUUCCGCAAGCUGCUGCUCAACCGCUGCCAGAAGGAGUUUGAGAAGGACAAGGACGACGACGAGAUCUUUGAGAAGCGGCAGAAGGAGAUGGACGAUGCCAGUGCUCCCGAGGAGAAGGCGCGCAUGAAGGACGAGCUGGAGGAGGCGCGGGACAAGGCCCGCCGGCGAUCCCUGGGCAACAUCAAGUUCAUCGGAGAGCUCUUCAAACUGAAGAUGUUGACGGAGGCAAUCAUGCACGACUGCGUGGUGAAGCUGCUCAAAAACCACGAUGAGGAGUCUCUUGAGUGCCUUUGCCGCCUGCUUACCACCAUUGGCAAGGACUUGGACUUUGAGAAGGCCAAGCCUAGGAUGGACCAGUACUUCAAUCAGAUGGAGAAGAUCAUCAAAGAGAAGAAGACAUCAUCCCGAAUCCGUUUCAUGCUGCAGGAUGUGAUUGACCUCAGACGGAAUAGCUGGGUGCCGCGGCGAGGAGACCAGGGCCCCAAAACCAUUGACCAGAUCCACAAGGAAGCAGAGAUGGAGGAGCAUCGGGAACACAUCAAAGUGCAGCAGCUCAUGUCGAAGGACAAGAGGAGAGGACCCCCUGGGCCAUCCUCCAGCAGUGGUCGCGGGAGCCUGGUCGCAGAUGAUGGCUGGAACACGGUGCCCAUCAGCAAGGGCAACCGGCCCAUCGACACCAGCCGGCUAACGAAGAUCACCAAGCCUGGAUCCAUCGACUCCAACAACCAGCUCUUUGCGCCAGGCGGGCGGCUAAGCUGGGGCAAAGGCAGCAGUGGAGGGUCUGGCACGAAGCCUGCAGAUUCAGCAUCUGAUUCAGGGCGACCAGCCACGAGCACCUUGAACCGCUUCUCAGCGCUCCAGCAGUCGACCCCUGCCGAGAGCCUGGAGUCCCGCCGCGUGGUGCAGAGGAGCAGCUCCAGCCGUGACAGGUCAGAGAAGGCUGGGGACAGAGGGGACCGCGAGUCACGUUCGGAGAAGGGCAGCGACCGGCUGGAGCGUCCUGACCGGGGGGAGCGGGCAGACAGGAACAGGUCUGCCCUCACCAAGAGGAGCUUCAGCAAAGAGACAGAGGACAGGAGCCGAGAACGGGAGAAGCAGGGCGGCCCCGAGGCCGUGCGCAAGGCUGCUAGCAUGACGGAGGAACGGGACAGGAGCCGAGAGACCAUUAAGCAAGAGCCAGCACCUCCUGCAGCAUCCCCCAAGCCCGCGCUGUCAGAAGAGGAGCUGGAGAAGAAAUCCAAGGCGAUCAUAGAGGAAUACCUGCACAUCAAUGACAUGAAGGAGGCCCUGCAGUGCGUGCAGGAGCUGGGAAGCCCCUCCUCGCUCUACAUCUUCGUGCAGAAUGGCAUCGAGUCCACACUGGAGAGGAGCACCAUCUCCCGCGAGCACAUGGGGGUCCUGCUGUGCCAGCUGGUGAAGGCGGGCACGCUCUCCAAGGAGCAGUACUACAAAGGGCUGCGGGAGAUCCUGGAGGUUGCAGAAGACAUGGAGAUUGAUAUCCCCCACAUCUGGCUGUACUUGGCCGAGCUUAUCACCCCCAUCCUGCAAGAGGAAGGCAUCCCCAUGGAGGAGCUCUUCAGGGAGAUAACGAAGCCCCUGGUGCCCAUUGGGAAGGCCACCACGCUUCUGGUCAAGGUGCUGGGCUUGUUGUGCAAGGGCAUGAGCCAGAAGACCGCAGGCAAGCUAUGGCGGGACGGGGGCCUGAGCUGGAAGGAAUUCCUGCCUGAGGACCAGGAUGUCAACAAAUUUGUCACAGAGCAGAAAUUGGAGUACACAAUGGGGGACAGUUUGGACACGCCAAGCCGCAAGGAGCUGACCUCAGAGGAGCUGUGCAAGCAAAUGGACAAACUGCUGAAGGAGAACCCGAACAACCAAAGAAUAUACGACUGGAUCGAGGCCAACCUGAGUGAGCAGCAGGUCUCGUCCAACACGUUUAUCAGGGCCCUGAUGACGUCCGUGUGCCACUCAGCCAUCGUCUUCGAGAACCCCUACCGCGUGGACGCCCUGGUCAUCCGCAACCAAGCCAAGCUGCUGCAGAAGUACCUGCGGGAUGAGCAGAAGGAGCUCCAGGCGCUCUAUGCCCUGCAAGCCUUGGUGGUGAAGUUGGACCAGCCUCCCAACCUGCUGCGGAUGUUCUUUGAUGCCCUCUACGAUGAGGACGUCAUCAAGGAGGAGGCUUUCUACAAGUGGGAGUCCAGCAAGGACCCGGCCGAGCAGCAGGGCAAAGGGGUGGCUCUCAAAUCGGUGACAGCCUUUUUCACCUGGCUCCGGGAAGCCGAGGAUGAGUCGGACAACAACUGAGCAGCCGUGAGGAGGAGGAG